AUGUACAAUGUGACAGAUCGAUUGAUGCAUAUGUUAAAUAUUUCUCAUGGAUCACUUUUUUAUUUGAAACAAGAAUUAACAGCUACUAUGGAAGAUCGAAAUGCAUCGAAAAGAACAUUGCAUUCAAGAACAACAACAGUUGAAGAUGAAACGGAAUUUUCGAGAGCAAAAUCACCUAAUAGACCGGGUCAUUCUGGUAGACCAAACAUCGUUUUAUCAGAAUAUGGAAAAGAUAUGUUAAGAUAUGAACUUCACGAGUUAUUAUCUGAAAAACAAUACCCAACGUUACAUCGUUUAUUGACACGUUUGAAAAAAGACUUGCCUGAUUUUCCUAUCAACAGCAUUACAACAUUGUCUAAAUAUUUGAAAGAAUUAGGUUUUGUUUACAGAAGAAAUGCUUCUGUUAAAACAAUUUUAGAUUCAACUUAUUUUAUUGCUGAAAGAGCAAGAUAUUUUCAUCGGUUAAAUGAAUUAGAAGAAAAAGGUGCUGUAAUUUAUUAUCAAGAUGAAACAUGGUUCAAUCUCAAUGAGAAAAGAAAUAUUUGGAUUGAAUCAGAUACUGGUCAAGGAAGAUUGCGUACUGGUAGUGGAAAAAGUAAACGAUUAAUAGUCAAUGCCUUGAUCAAUUGUAAUGGUUUUCAUUUUCCAAGCGUUGAGGUAUUCGAAUCGGAUGAGUCCCAUACAAUGAAUUCAGAUCAUUUUGUUGGCUGGAUAAAACGAACUUCAGGUAUGAAAAAUUAUAUUCGAAAUCAAAAUACAUCAUUUAAAGUGCAAGAUAUUCGUGAAUUAGCUGCCAACUAG